UAUUGUAGCGGCAAAAAACCGUAACUUGUAAAUUCCAACGUCUGAGUCCAACCUGGCGCAAUAUAAUAGGGUUGCUUGUAGCCCUAGAUGAGAUUGUCCUUGGCGUACGAGAUUCCUGAUUUGGAUAUUCGGGUUGAUAGUUCUUAUUUCAUCCUUCCCGAAUUGGGUAUGGAGAUUCGAAAAUUGUGAAAAAGUCUAAAAAGGUAGAAGGGGAAGAUCAACGGAGGCAAUUAUUUAGCUUUUGAGCAGGGUCCCGGUAAAUCUAAAAAUAUUGACCACCCAAUUAUAUUCCUUCAUCAUUUAUAGAUGUUUGUAAACGCAAUUCGGUGCUGAGCCAUGUUUGUAAACGCAAUUCGAUGCUGAGCCUUGCUUGUAAAUGAGAAUCUGUAGGUAGAUAUUUUAGCUUGUAAUUAAGGGGCAGAAGUGCUGCUUCUGGAUUGAGUGGGGUGUCCGCCUAUGUCAUUGGGCUACCAUUUCAGAAGAUGCAAUGCACAUCUGAAUUCUUGAUCAAGGAUGGUUAAUUGUGCUGGCCCUUGGAAAUCGAGAGUGCCAAGAAUGGUGAAGGUCAAACAUGAUGCUUGAUAUGCUUGACUAAGAGAUUGUCAGGCCCAACAUUUUUAGUUUAUAAUAACCCACAAAGGAUAGAUUCAGAGUCGCCUCUGCUUUUUGCCCCUGGGCCACGUAAAUGGAUGCAGCAGUGGCAGGACGACCAUCAAUUGCUAGGUCAUCCCGUUUCUUGCCAGAGAGGACUAAUGGAUAUUCUUACUUGCAAAAUGGUGGAUGGGCAGCUACUUCUUUAUUAGAAUCACAGACAUGGAAUUCUUCUUACUCUCCUCUAAUGGACACGAGUGUUGCCGUCCCUCGCUCUAGAUUUGUAAAGGUUCCUCAUGUUAGACAGUUAUGCAGUUGGGAUUGUGGCCUUGCUUGUGUGUUGAUGGCAUUAAAAGCUCUAGACAUCCAAGACUGUGAUAUGAAGUCAUUGGCAAAACUUUGCAGCACAACAAGCAUUUGGACUGUUGACCUGGCACAUUUACUACGGAGAUUUUCUAUAGAUGUUGCUUUUCUCACUGUUACUAUUGGAGCAAACCCAAAUUUUGCAUUGGAGACAUUUUAUAAGGAACAUAUGGUAGAAGACGGAGAGCGUGUGAACAGAUUGUUUGAGAAUGCUCCACAGGUUGGCAUUGAAAUCCAGUGGAGAUCAAUUAGUGGAGAAGAACUGUCCAUGCUUAUUUUAUCAGGGCACUAUAUUGCUAUUGCAUUAGUUGAUAAGCACAAACUCAGUCAGCCCUGGUUGGAGGAACUUUUCCUUUCUGAUUGUUGUGGUGUAAGUUCAGGAUAUACAGGUCAUUAUGUUGUGAUUUGUGGCUAUGAUAUGGAGACUGAUGAAUUCGAAAUAAGAGAUCCAGCUAGUUCUAGAGAAUGUGAAAGGAUAUCUUUGGGGUGCUUGGACGAAGCACGGAAAUCAUUUGGCACAGAUGAAGAUAUUCUUUUGAUUUCGCUAGACAAAACUGAUGGAGAGAGGAAAGUCACUUUAGCACCAAAUUGUGUGCAUAAAGAAUUAUAGUUUUCAGUGGAAUGCGAUUUCUCAUUGUGCAUGCCAAAGUGAUUCUUACCAUUUGUGCAUUUUAUCUGCCAGAAAGAGCUCCUUUUUGGCUAUUGGCUUUUAUUAUUCUUUUGUAAAUUAAGUUGUCUGUAUUUUUUAUCUAAAUCAUGUUUUACCUCUGCUGAUUGUAAUUGAUCAGUCAGUGCAUUGGAUGACAUUCACUUCCAUGUCAAAUCUUGUGGUUUUUCAAAAUCAAUAAGCAAACAUUGAAUACUUGCAACUGAAUUCACGGGUUUAUCCCUUAUAAAUGUAGGAAGUUCAGUCCCCAUGAGGUAAAUAAAUCAUCCUCGUGGUCUCAUAUAUAAGAAUUAUCGAUUAACUCUUGUCACUAGAAGCAUCACAAGUAUUGAAACUUCAAUCUGUCAGUUCUUCAAAAACUGUUGUUUAUCCUUCGUGAUUGGCAAUAAUCUUAUUUAUAAGUUUAAUUCUUA